UUCGUGGCCAGAAGAGGCGGAGUGCUGCUGCUGGGGCUGCAGGGCCUCCUCCUAUUCCUCCUCCUGCUGCUCUUGCUCUUCUAUUGUGCAAAGCGGAAUGGAGGGGGUCAGCCGAGGCCUGGGGCUGGGGCUCCUGCAGAGGCAGUAAAGGAGAAAGGGAAGAAGGAGGAGAAGGAGAAGAAGGAGGAGGAGAGGAGCCACUGCUGCUGCGUCCCCUUCCUUCUCCUCUUCCUCUUCCUCCUCCUCUUCUUCAGGGGGCUUUGUUAGCUCCUCUUCGCCCUCAGACCCCCGACAGCAUGACUGCCCUCUGAGGAAGGAAGAAAGAAGGAGAAAGAGAAGGAGAAGGAGGAGAGGAAGGACCACAGAGGAGCCCUUCCAGGAAGGCAGAGGCAGCGCAGGGCCAUUUUCACCCGGAGGAGCCUCGCUCUCCAUUGCUCCCAGCCCAGCUGGUGCUGUGAAACUCAAAGGGGCUGAGGCUGCUGCUCUCACUGGGUUGCCUUGGAAGAUCCUGCACCCAACCCCUUCACCUUCCUGUAGCCAAUGAACUCAAUGAACCCAAUGAAACCAUCGCUCCCACCCACCCCACAUGGUGAUGGUUCAUAUGCCUAUGAGUCAGUUCCUUGGCAACAGAAUACCAAUCAGCCUGCAGGAUCUCUCUCAGUGGUAACCACGGUGUGGGGAGUCAGCAACACAUCCCAGAGUCAGGUUUUUGGAAACCCCAUGGGCCCUGGGGGAAACUCCUCUGGCAACCCCAUGAUGCCCAGUGUGGCCAGCAGUGGCUCUGGAAUGAACUCGCCUCAAUUUAUGGGACAACAGCCUUUCCCUGAGGGUUCCACUGGCAAGGGCUACGUGCAGCCUGGGAUGUACAGCCGCAACUCUUAUCCUGGAGGGCCAGGCUUCACCACAAGUUAUGCAGGCAGUCCAAAUGGCCCUGGGGGAAUGGGCAUUCCUUCACAUACUGGGAGACCCACUCCGGACUUCACCCAAGCCGCCGCCGCUGCUGCUGUAGCAGCUGCCGCUGCCACGGCCACAGCUACAGCCACAGCAACGGUAGCCGCCCUGCAGGAGAAACAAAGCCAGGAGCUGAGCCAGUAUGGAGCGAUGGGGGCUGGGCAGCCCUUCAACAACCAGUUCCUUUCUCACUCGGGCCCUCGAGGACCAGCUGUGACCCCUGGAAUGAAUCCUGCCAACAUGGGUGGUGUGAUGGGUGCUUCUGGGAUGUCUCCCAUGAGCAUGAAUACUGCAAGACCUCCCAACAUGAAUGCCAUCUAUGGAGGACAACGGAUGCCACAACAUGGAUACCCUGGUCCCCCACAAGGCCAGCAGAUCCCCAGGCAAAGUGUCAAGAGGACCUACUCCAAUGAGGGUUAUCCAGGACAACAGUAUAUGCAGGGUGGCCAGUACCCUUCCCAAGCUGGGCAAUAUGCCCCUAAUGCACCUCAGCCAUCUGCUCCGUCCCCAUCAUAUGCUGCCCACAGGAUGCCCAUGCAGCAGGGAAUGAGCCAGUAUCUGUCUGCUUCUGGCACUAGUGGUCCAUACUAUAAGCCUACUGAUCAGUUCAAUGGUCAAACCACCAAUUUCAAUGGAGGCAACUUCAACAGCUAUGGACAGGCUACAAUGAAUGGGCCGGGACGAUCCAUGCCUGGUUAUCCUAGCUCUCCAUUACCUGGCAAUCCCACCCCUCCAAUGACACCUGGCAGUAACAUCCCUCCAUAUAUGUCCCCAGGGCAGGAUGUGAAGUCACCGUUCCUUCCAGACAUCAAACCUAAUAUCAACUCUUUACACCCUUCUCCCUCUGGAAACCCAUGCGAUGAGUUGCGCUUGACCUUCCCUGUGCGGGAUGGGGUGGUGUUGGAGCCAUUUCGCCUCCAGCACAACUUGGCUGUCAGCAACCAUGUCUUCCAGCUCAGGGAUUCUGUUUACAAGACUCUGAUGCUCAGGCCUGACUUGGAGCUGCAGUUUAAGUGUUACCACCAUGAGGAUCGACAAAUGAAUACUAACUGGCCAGCCUCAGUUCAGGUCAGCGUGAAUGCCACACCUCUGACCAUUGAGCGGGGAGACAACAAGACAUCCCACAAGCCCCUCUACCUGAAGCAGGUGUGCCAGCCUGGCAGGAACACCAUCCAGAUCACAGUCACCGCCUGCUGCUGUUCUCAUCUCUUCGUUCUGCAGCUGGUUCACAGGCCCUCUGUGCGGUCCGUUUUGCAGGGUUUAAUAAAAAAGCGGCUCCUGCCAGCUGAGCAUUGCAUCACCAAAAUAAAACGAAACUUCAGCAGCGGCACAAUCCCUGGAACUCCAGGUCCAAAUGGUGAAGAUGGGGUGGAGCAGACAGCCAUCAAAGUGUCUCUGAAAUGCCCCAUCACUUUUCGGAGAAUCCAACUUCCUGCAAGGGGUCAUGACUGUCGACACAUACAGUGCUUUGACCUGGAAUCCUACCUCCAGCUGAACUGUGAAAGGGGAACAUGGCGAUGUCCUGUUUGCAAUAAAACAGCCUUGCUGGAAGGACUUGAAGUAGAUCAGUACAUGCUGGGGAUUCUAAUCUAUAUUCAAAACUCUGAAUAUGAAGAGAUCACCAUUGACCCAACGUGCAGCUGGAAACCUGUGCCCAUCAAACCCGACAUCCACAUCAAGGAGGAGCAGGAUGGGCCGGUGCUGAAGCGUUGCCGCACCAUGAGCCCCACACAUAUGGUGAUGCCCAAUGUCAUGGAGAUGAUUGCUGCCCUGGGACCUGGUCCCUCUCCAUUUGGGCCCCUGCAACCUCCAUCUGCCAGCAGUGGCAACAGUGACUUCACUGGCCAAAAUUCAAACUUUUCAGGUCCUGGAACUUUCCCAGAUUCAUUCCCUACUGUGAAUCCUGGCACACCGACAUUAAAUGAAUUCAACCAAGGACCUCCUCCAAUCUCAUACCAGUCUGACAUUCCCAGCACAAUGCUGACUUCUGAAAAGCCACCUGCUCCCUCCAUCACUGGACAGAUGCCUUCAUCAAAUAGGAUGGAUGCUUCUUCACACAAUCCUGUGCAACAGGGCCUAAACAACCCCAACCUUGGCAGUCAACCAGGGCAACAGCAGCAGCAGCAGCAGCAACAACAGCAGCUCCACCAUCGGAACCAACCCCCACCCCAGUCACGGCAACCUAUGGGACAGUCAGGUUCAGGAGGCCAGACACAUGGAAGCCAGGACCUUGCCUUCAAUCCAAGUGCUGGGAUGGGAGUGCCACCUGGACCAGUAGACGGACCAGAGUCUUCCCUUGAUCUUCUUCCUGAGUUGACGAACCCAGAUGAGCUGCUGUCUUACCUAGGGCCCCCAGAUCUCCCCAAUAACAGCAAUGAUGACCUGCUUUCCUUGUUUGAGAACAAUUGAAGCCAUCCCUUGUGGAAAACAGUCACCAGGCUCUGCACACCACAUACACACACACACACAAUUGCAUAUCACAUGUACACACACACACACACACACACACAGAGUAACUGUACCAAAACACAGUCCAUCCCCUAGCAUCCCAGACACUCAUCCACAGAGGCCUUGCUUCAUAUAAUGGCAAUGCCCAGUGAGUCCUGCCAGUGAAACAGAACUGUCCUAAGGCAGCCCAAGGAACUUUGGUGGCCAGUCAGUCAUCCCAUUUUGUUCAGAAUGGCUUCCAGUCUACCAAAAGGCUCCCAUGGACCCUAUGGCAGCCUGCUUUAGCUGCCUUGGGAAAACCUUCCUAUGCAGGAGAGAGAAUGGUGGUGCUGGGGAAGUGGUGGUGGGGAAUACGAAGUUUUUAUCAAGUCGCUCAGACUAUGCCACAGUACUCAGCCAUAUGGCAGCUGUAUUGUUUAUACUAAUCCUGCCCCAGAGACAUCCAGGAAACUCACAGCCAGGGAAGGAAGACAUGGAGCCAAAUGGCUUCUGGAUAUUUUAGUAAAACUAAUGACUCUCCCCCGUUUCCUCCUGCACCUCAGUCUGGAUCUUCAUCUUGGGAAGGGCAGCACCACUUUGAACAUGUCAAGCUGUUGGAUGAAAGUGGCUGCUCUUCCUGGGUUUUUGUUUUUGUUUUAUGGUGGUUCUUUUACAUAUAUUCUGAUAUUUUUAAAACCAGAAAGCUUGAAGUAAAGGCAGAGAUUGAAAGUGCCAGAAGAAGUAUAUGGAGCUUGCUUGCUCUUGUGUGUCAUUGGACCUGCAGGCUCAUGAAGCCAGCUCUGUCUGCCCAAACCCCUUGUUCCAGAGAUAGACAUGGCAACUAGUCUGUCAUUUUGUUUUUGCUUUUUGUCUGUUAUCUUCCAGCAACAUAGAUAUCCAGAAGAAACCCAAAUCAGGAUCAGAAAACCUGUUCUUUUCAAGACCAAGAAGUGCUCCCUGCUCCAAAAGUUUUUUCCCCCCUUUCAAAGGCCCUCACAAAAGUUUGACCUGGAAAACCUUUCCCCUCCCCAUUUCUUUCCCAUGGAUUUACAGUAGUAAAGAAAUGCAUCUGUGGAUUGAAAGAACACAGUUCCCUGGACACAACCUGACAUACUGAUUCCAUCAAUCGAUGGAUCUGUCUACAAGCACAACAUUGUAAAUAAUGUAGAAACACUAAAGGAAACAAAAGUGAAGGUGGGAGGAAAAGGAGGGGAGGGGAGGGGAGGGAAAGAAAUAUUUAAAAGCAAGCGCAUCACUCUGUUAUAUAGUCUCAAGGGCUUCUAAGCCUUGGGACAAAACUCCUCUGUAUAAAUGUGCAUAAGCUUCCUAGAUUGUAAUAUAGACCAUUCCACAUGGGGCUGUGUGCACCAUCCAGAGACCCAAUGCAUUUAGCCAUAGCCAGGGACUGUCCCUUGCAUUUGACAUUUGUGUGUCCCACCAAAGUAGGAUCUGGAUGCUCAGAGCUCAUUUUAACCUGAGCCCCAGAAAUUAUGUGCAACGAGUCAGUCCAAACCACUGUGUGUGUGUUGACCUGCCAUUCCCUUCCAAUCCCUCUCAGGAACCUACUUCAGCUGAGGUUAGCUUUGGGAUGGUGCAAAGAGGUCCCAAAUUUUAACCUGUCUGUGAUGAAUCAGACCCAUUGCUCAUGGCCAGGUUUCCUGAGCCAGGGAGUCCCUGUGUCCAAGUGCUGACAGCUCUGUUGAAUUUUGUGUAUCUUGUUUCAUUAUUAUAUUAAAGGAUUCUUUUUUGGUGGGGCUCACCAAAUAGCUUGCA